GGCCGAAUGCCGCCGAAUUGUUUUUCCCUGGCCCACCGGUCCACGAAACGUUCUCUUCCCGCACACAAGUAGCGAUUGGGAAAAGAAGAGGGCGAGCACACACAAGGGAGGCGACCGACGGCGGCUGGCGGCGCAGGGUAUUGAAUUACUGUUAGGAACGAUUGAAGCGAAAGACUCCCAUCAGGAAGAACAGGAAAAAAAGAGAGGGUGUUUUCUUAGAGAUGGAGGUGCCGGCUGCGAGAGUAGCGACGGCAAAGGAGGUAGAGAAGAAGGUGGAGCUUAUGAAGGAGGUAAGAGCACGCGAAGUGGCAAUCGGCGAGCUCAACAAUCUGCCUCCCUCUCGGGCCGCGUACCAGAAGACCUGCAACAUCUUCUUCCGCAAGAACAUCAAAACAGCAGUCAUAUCCGAACAGAAGCAACUUGAUCUGGCAAAGGCUCGGCUGCAGAAGCUCGAUCAGGCCUGAAAGUUCACUACACAAUCAAGCCUUCAGAAUUACAAAAUGCUGCUUCAAUCCCACCUUCGAAAAUCCUCUCACUGAACUUCUGUUGUUGUUAAGCUGGCGCACAACUUGUAGUAGCUUUUCCGUGUAGGGAUGUGAUCAGAAGUUGGUUCAUAGCUUAUGUGGCUCAGCUUAAAGUUCGUCGCUGAAUGAGGGAUGGAUCAGUAACUGCAGUGUCACUAUAUGUGUGCUUUUAAAAUUAAUCUAACGUCUUGCCAAUUGCCACCAAGUGACUUUUUAUUCCGAUAGGCCAGUUUGUUAUUUCAUGUUUCCAGCACGGCAUGAUAUUUGUGUCAUUAAGUGUUGGCGCAUCGGUAUUCGGUGCUGAUGGAUGUGCUGAACCAAAGCAGUAUCAAAUAUAAACCGACUAAAAAUUCAGACUUAUGUAGUAGUACUGUGUUAUAGUCGCAAAAAAUAGAGAUUUCUGGAAUAUUAUUAAACAUGAUAUCAAGCUACUGUUUGGUCAAUUUUUCGACAAUUCCUUGCAGCUUGAGAGAAUUAAUAGAUCCUUUAUGAUCUUAUUAAGGAAAAAGGAAAAUGACAACUCACCAGGUUCUUUUAGACCUAUCUCUCUCCUUAAUUGUCUCGUCAAGUGGAUCACCAAAGUUCUAGCUGCAAGACUUCAGACUCUGAUUCCUAAGCUGAUUGAUUUAGACCAAUCGGGCUUGUGAAAACUAGAUGCAUUGCAGACAAUUUUGUUUAUGCUAUGGAUCUAGUUCAAACCUGCAAAUUGAGAAAGAAGAAAGCUAUGAUUUUGAACUUGAUUUUAGUAAAGCUUUUGAUACCAUCUCUUGGGAUGCUCUUUUUCAAAUUCUUAGUAUCAGAGGUUUUACUGAGAAAUGGAUCCAAUGGAUAAAAAGCUUCUUAGCUCAGCUAAAACUGCAGUAAUUCUCAAUGGCGUUCCUGGAAAUUGGAUUGAUCUAAAAAGGGGUCUAAGGCAGGGUGACCCCCUAUCACCUCUGCUUUUCCUCUUGGUAGUAGAUGUUUUACAACAAUUGAUCAGAAAUUUUGCUAUGGCCGGUGACCUCAAGCAUCCUAUUUUCCCCGAUCAACCAUGCCCUGUACUACAGUAUGCGGAUGAUACGCUAAUUGUUAUGCAAGCUGACCCGACUCGAGCCAAAUUACUGCGGGAAAUCCUCGAUGCUUUUGCAAGAUUCUCUGGUCUGAAAAUUAACUUCACCAAAUCGACCUUUGUGUCCAUUAAUCUCUCCAAGGAGGAGAGCUUGGAAAUUUCCUCGAUUCUAAGUUGCCUGGUUGCUACCUUUCCCCAACUUACUUGAGGCUCCCUCUUUCUGAAUAAAUGCCUUUCAGGCUCCUCUAUGAACUUUCUCUCCAAAGGUGGAAGAUUGACACUAACAAAUUCUCAGCGCUCCCACUAUUUUACAUCUCUUGCAUCAAGCUUCCCAAGUGGGUAAUCAAGAGCAUUGAUAAACUUCGUCAUUCUUUUUUCGGGAAAGGAAAGAACAAGGUUAGUGGCAGUGAUUGUUUAGUGGCUUGGGAUAAACUCUGUCGUCCCAUCAAUGAAGGAGGUUUAAACAUCAAAAAUCUUGCUAUUCAAAACUCUUGCCUCUUGACUAAAUUAUACACAGGCUUAUGUCUAAUCAGAAUUCUUCUUGGGCGGCGUGGGUCAAAAAAGCUCAUUAUAGUAACAAAGACUUUGGCGACAGUCUCAAAAAGACAAGUGCUAUUUGGAAACAAAUCAGUUCUUACAUUGCUUUGUACAGGGAUCUCACUUCUGUCAAUGUGGGGGGAGGGGACACCGUCUCUUUUUGGCAUGAUACUUGGUUGACAAAAGGCACUCUUUCAAGCUUAUUCCCAGCUCUCUUCUCACAUGCUCUUCGUCUGAAUAUCUCUGUCAGAGAUUGUGUUAACAAUGGGCUUUGGGAAAUCCCACUGCGUUAUCUCACUUCGGCUAGAGCUACUUGUGAACUACAUGAUCUCACGCUAAUGUUGAAUGGAUGCCAUCUCUCUCCUGAUACUUCAGAUCUACGUAUUUGGAGGCUUGAUCAUUCUCAACCUUUCUCUGUCCGAGGUGUAUAUCAACUGACAAACUUUGGUGGAAUUCUGGACAACGCUUCCAUGGCGGUGUGGCAAAGCUUUGCACCAAAGAAAUGUAAAUUUUUUGCUUGGUUAAUGAUCAAAGGAAGGAUUAAAGUCAGGACUACACUUCAUCUACAAGGUGUGAUUGAUUCUGAUGCUUGUCCAUUUGAAUGUGGUAAUUCUGAAUCUGUUCGACAUCUUGCAACCUCUUGUCCACGAGCUAUUCAUAUUUGGCAGUCCCUGGGUCUACCUUUCCAGGCCGGCUGUGAUGUUCAUGAUAUUUUCACCUCGGUGAAAGAUCUCAUUCCGUCAGCUUGGCUUCAUGUCUGGGAUACAGUGGCAGUGACGAUUCUUUGGAACUUAUGGUUGGGCAGAAAUCGUAAAGUUUUCGACAACAUUCGAUAUACUGUUCCCAUGGUGGUUCAACAAUGUCGGGAUACUCUGAAGUUAUGGACUGUCCGAAUGACGAAGAUGGAGAAGCAGGCAGCGCAACUUCUGAUCGAAUCAUGGCCAGAUUAGAUGGUUAGGUUGCAUGUUGUAAUUUUAUUUUUAUUCUCAUGUUCCUCCUGAUCCCCUGUACAAACUCCUUUCUAAUGCCGUUCUGGUUCUGUUUUAUAAAAUUAAGGUAGGGGGCUCCCGUUCCGUUUGGCUCAAAAAUAAAUAGUCGCAAAAAUGUAAUGACAUAAUAAAUAUACACAGAGUAGCAACGCGCUGAGUAACUAAAGCGUGACAGGCUAAAACUUUGCUAGCA